UCUCUCUCUCUCUCUCUCUCUGUCCAGCUCGGAGACACGACAGUGAAUUAAGACUAGGCGACUUUCCGCGGGCAGCAUGGGGAUUUUAUCCGACUUGUAAACACGGCUGGAAUAAACGCAGCACCAGCUUGGACCAUCAUCUUCAGCGUCGACUCUUUGGUUUGUUGUUGCUUCUUGUGGCAUUAAAAAAAAAGAAAAGGGGGGAAAAAAAGAAAGAAAAAAGGUGGAAACCUGGCACUUUUGGCACUUAAAAGCGAGCAGGAGUUUGUUGGCGGAUUGACAAUGUGGCGGUGUGUGUGAGCAGCGCCUGAGCUCGGUGGACUCCCUGAUGCGGUGUGAGUCCGAGCGGCUCCGUGGUUCCGCACAGCCGCCCUCGGAGCGCCCAAAGCCGGCCUCGGUGUGAGCGGGGACUCGGUGCUGCGCCGCCACCUCCUCCACCACCUUCUCCUCCUCUUCCUCCUCUUCUUCUUCCUCCUCCUCCUCCUCCUCCUCCACCACCUCCUCCUCCUCAUGGCGCAGCGGUACGAGGAUCUGGUGCAUUACGGAGCGGACGGACUCGGGAUACCGGCCCCGGCGGUGUAUGGCGAGCCUCAUGCGGCGGCGCGCGCCGUGCACGCGGCUCACGGGGGUCCCGGUCCCGGCGCCACUGCCGCCGCGCUCCACGCGCACCACUAUCCGCUGGCUCCCGGCAUGGGCUCGGCUGUUAACGACGCGCUAAAACGUGACAAAGACGCCAUUUAUGGACACCCUCUGUUCCCUCUGCUUGCACUGGUUUUUGAGAAAUGUGAAUUAGCGACGUGUACUCCGAGAGAGAGCGGCCUGGCGGCUGAUGUCUGCUCCUCCGCAUCCUUCGACGAGGACAUUACCGUGUUUUCAAAACAGAUAAGGGCAGAAAAGCCGUUUUUCACGCCCAGUCCAGACCUAGAUAACCUGAUGGUGCAGGCCAUACAAGUGCUGCGUUUUCAUCUUUUAGAAUUAGAGAAGGUCCACGAGCUUUGCGAUAAUUUCUGUCACCGGUACAUCAACUGUCUGAAAGGAAAGAUGCCGAUGGACCUGGUGGUGGAUGACAGAGAAGGAUCUUCCAAAUCCGACAGUGAGGAUUUCAGUCGAAACUCCGGCGGCACCGCGGAUCAAAUGUGUUGGAGGGAAGAUGACUCUGUCUCCGUUCACUCCACCGAAGGUCCGGCACCCUGCGGAGGACGUUCCAGUUCUCUCAAUGGAGACAACAGUAGUGAACAUGGUGACCUUUUGGACCACGGUGCUGCUUCUCCAAGCACAGGGGAUGACGACGAGACGGACAAGGACAGGAGGAACAACAAAAAACGAGGGAUUUUCCCUAAAGUGGCAACCAACAUCAUGCGAGCGUGGUUGUUCCAGCACCUAACACACCCGUACCCCUCUGAAGAGCAGAAGAAGCAGUUAGCUCAGGAUACAGGUCUCACCAUCCUCCAGGUCAACAACUGGUUCAUCAAUGCCAGGAGAAGGAUAGUCCAGCCGAUGAUCGAUCAGUCGAACCGCGCAGUGGGUCACAGUGGGCCAUACACUCCUGACAGUCAGCCAAUGGGAGGCUACAUGUUGGACGGACAGGCUCACAUGGCUGCCAGGGCCUCAGGUUCACUGGGGAUGGGGAUGGACAGUCAGUGGCACUACAUGUAACCAAUGUCUAAUGCAUCUUAACACCUACCUAGGUGUCAGCACCAAAGAUGGCGACUCGUCAACGCUACAAAUCCCAGAAGCCUGAUAAAUGACCUCUCCGUGGCUUAAGGAAUGCAAGUGCCUCGCUGCCACCACAGAGACUGCUGCAGCGGGCCGUUACAGCCGUCUCGUUCAAAAUGGCCGCCCCAGCUGGAGUCUGGCGAGGACUGGGACAUCAAUCAUAAUGGGUCAAAAAAUAAAUAAAUAAAAUGAUAAAAAGAAAACACCUCUACUACUCCCAGCCUUACCUGCUGUAGGCCUGGAGACGAAGACUGAACUGCCUUAAAGGAUAAGGACACUCGAAUGUUAAGCCUCAAAAAAAAUACUUUAUCCAGGUGUUUAAAUGGUGUUUCUUUGUCAAAUUCUAGGGUUUGGAGCCCAAAAAUGACCUCCCGUAGAUGGCUAACAGAAAGUCAUUUACUACUGUUAGCAUAAAAAUAAUGAUCAAUAUCAUGUUGUUGGGUUAUUUUGUGAAUUAUUAAUGCAUUUUCCUAAAUAUUUAACUCUGAAUUGUUAUUUAUGUAUUUGCUUGAAUUGUAACAUCAGCCUUGUAGCAGGAGUUACUUUUAUUCCUUCACCAAGAUGUCUGUAGUUACAGUAUCAGCUUCCUUAGUUACAGCAUCAGCUUCCUUAGUUACAGCAUCAGCUUCCUUAGUUACAGCAUCAGCUUCCUUAGUUACAGCAUCGGUUUCUGUAGUUAAAUGAUCAACUUCCUUAGUUACAGCAUCAGCUUCCUUAGUUACAGCAUUGGUUUCUUUAGUUAAAUGAUCAGCUUCCUUAGUUAUAGUAUCAGCUUCCUUAGUUACAGCAUCAGCUUCCUUAGUUACAGCAUCGGUUUCUUUAGUUAAAUGAUCAACUUCCUUAGUUACAGCAUCAGCAUUCUUGGUUACAGCAUCAACUUCCUUAGUUACAGCAUCAACUUCCUUAGUUACAGUAUCAGCAGUCUUGGUUACAGCAUCAACUUCCUUAGUUGCAGCAUCAACUUCCUUAGUUACAAUAUCAGCAGUCUUGGUUACACCAUAAACUUCCUUAGUUACAGCAUCAGCAGUCUUGGUUACACAAUCAACUUCCUUAGUUACAGCAUCAACUUCCUUACUUACAGCACCAGCAGUCUUGGUUACAGCAUCAACUUCCUUAGUUACAGCAUCAACUUCCUUAGUUACAAUAUCAGCAGUCUUGGUUACACCAUCAACUUCCUUAGUUGCAGUAUCAACUUCCUUAGUUGUAGCAUCAACUUCCUUAGUUACAGCGUCAAUUUCCUUAGUUACAGUAUCAGCAGUCUUGGUUACAGCAUCAACUUCCUUAAUUACAGCAUCAACUUCCUUAGUUACAGAAUAGCCUUAUUAUUUACACCAUCAACUUGCUUAGUUACAAUAUUAACUUUCGCAGUUAUUGGAUCAGCUUCCUUAGUUACAGCGUCAACUUGCUUAGUUACAGGACAAGCUUUCUCAGCUACACCAUUAACUUCCAUAGUUACAGCAUCAAGGCCCUUAGUUACAGCAUCAACUUAUUAUUUACACCAUUUCCUUCCUUAGUUACAAUAUUAACUUUCGUAGUCAGAAGAUCAGCUUCCUUAGUUACAGGAUCGUUUUGGCGUAGAUGCAGGAAGAACCACCUGAAAGUAUCUCCGUUACCGCUAGGCAAAAUGGCAGAAGGAUGAUUUCUGGACGAGACGCUGAUUUCUGGAGGGUCUUUCUCCAGGGCUGAGAACAGCGUGUCUCUGUAAAAACGGUAGCCACAGAAAAAACAAACUUUUCACAUCACUAUACGCGAUGAAAAUUUUUGGCACACGGAGAGCGUAAUGUCUUACCAUUUUGUAUAGAAACGCAUCAUUUUGCCAAGAGGUAAAAUAACACCUUGCAUAAGAUUUACAAGCGUUCCAUCUCACUCGAGUAGUCCAAAAACCAAAAAACCCCCCCAAAAAACCAGUGUGUGUCCCAUUGAAGCGUAUUGGAGGUCACUUUUGUGCUCUCUCAAAUCCACCCCAAAACCACGCUGAAUAAAAUAUGCAUUUUGAGGUUUAACAGUGACCUUUAAGAAGUUAAAAACAAUUUUCUCACCAGCAGCAGGAGGACCUGCACACAUUUUAAGGAUCUACUUCAUCGGGAUCUACGUGGAAUUACGUAAAAAAAAAAAGAAAAAGAAAAAAAAAAAAAAAAAAAAAGAAAGAAAGGCAAGGCCUGGAGAAGGACAUUGCAAAAUAAAAAAAUAAAUAAAAAAAUUGCUUGUAUUGAUGGUACGGUUUGAUUUUAGAUGACAUAGGCACUAAGCUUGCAAACUUUUAAGGUUGAUUGUAUAAUUUUGUAGUGCUGCAAACACCAAAUGCAACGACGUUUACCUUUACGAACAUGCCGCAGAUGCAUCGACGUUUUCAAAAAAAAAAUUAAAAAAAAAUCGAAUGUUCUCGCGUUUCUGCCGCAUUGCAUAUCUCUCGAAUGAGUAACGGUGCUCAACGAAGAUCCUGAAAAAAGAUGAUUGUAAAUGUUCUGGUUUGUAUCGGUGCACCAUGUUCUGUAUUUUCCGCACUAUGUGUGUUUGUGUGUGAGAGUGCGUGUGCUGUUUUCAUAAAACUUUUUACCUCAAUA